GCCAUGGAUGAAUUGACAAGAAUAGAGGUGGGGGAGGGAGCGAGGGCUGCAGCCUCGGCGUUGUUGACAGGGGGGGGUACGACCCCUAAAGGCGCAGCCAAAGUACCCAUUGCCCCGCCAAUCCCGACGGUUACCCUCCAAGUGGCCAACCCAAGUCCUCUGGGGCUGGCUAGCUUCGCCAUCACCACGUUCGUUAUGUCUAUGUUCGAAUCGGGCGUCCUCUCUACUUCGCUCUCGAAAACAGUUGUACCCCUGGGCUACUUCUACGCCGGUACCGUCCAGAUUCUAGCUGGUCUCCUGCAGUUCCUUGCUCAUGACACCUUUGGCUGUACAGCCUUCUGCUCCUUUGGUGCCUUUUGGGUCUCCUACGCCUACUUUGUCAUGGCUAUCGAGCCCUUACUGGAUAAGGAUGAUUUGCACUCUGCCAAAGGGGUCUUCGUGCUGCCAUGGGUGGUGUUGAGCGCCUACAUGACGGUCAUUUCUCUCAGGACCGCCCGCGUGCUGACUGUGACCUUCGUGCUUUUGACUUUGACUCUCUUUGUCCAGACCGUAGGACAAUUCGCUGACUCCAAAGGGUGCCAGAAAGCUGGGGGGUGGAUCGCGUUCAUCACCUCCCUCUCGGCGGGGUAUUGCUCUUGCGCCUUCCUCUUCUUGGAGACUUGGAAAGAAGAGAUACUGCCGAUCUUGUUCCACGAGCACAUCCCUGUGAAGCGUCGGAGUGUUGUGCGCGGGUUCUCUCUCUCUUUGACGCCGGACUAGAUACCAUGGGCAACGUCACAACAUCAGCAGAGGAAGGACAUGCGUGCGUUUCGAUGGUGGGAUGUGGAGAGAGAAAAGUGGGGGCCUCGCUCCACGACUUAGCAAAUGACCAAAGUGAGGAUGCAUCUUCCGCUAGAACAUGGGAAGAUGCACAGCCAAUUUUUUGGUCUUUUGUGCAUGUCGAGAAUAG